GGGUUACAUUUCGGGCUGUAUGCAAGCGACAAGCGGUGCCGUAGCGAAACCUUGCCCAGCUCAGACAAGAAAACCGGACUAGUGACACUAUGGAAGACAGAAAAACAUUGGAUUCAGAAAGUAAAACAACAGAAGUUACUUCUACUUCUACUGAUAUUUACCUCCUGACUGAAGAAAAAUUUGAUUUUGACCUUUCACUGUCUCCCACAAGCGAAAAUGAAGAUGAAGUUUUUGUUGGACCAGUGGGACAUAAAGAAAAAUGUAUUGCUGUGCGCCUUGAAUCCCAUGAAGAGAGUCAAAAGAAAAUUCAAUCUCUGACAUAUGAUCCAACCUGGAGCCCUCCUGCAGGAGAUAAAUUUGUGGAAAUAUUUAAAGAAGCGCACUUGCUAGCUUUCCAGCUUAAAAGUGGAAACAAAACAGAAAAAAAUAACACUAUUCAUCUGAGGGGGGAAAAGACAGAGGGCGUUGACAAGUUUGUGAAAGAAUCAAAGUCAAAACUGAAAAUCCUUGAAAAAGAAAUAGUGACAGAUAAAACACCAACAACCACUAGAAGAGAGACAUACUGUAUAUGGGAAAGCCCGAGCAGUCAACUGCUGCCUUCACUUCAGAAGCGUUUAGGGCAACCUGUUACAAUAAGGGAGGGUCCACGUUCUCCCCGAGUGUCUCUGAACACACCAAGUCCUGCUAAAACAAAUAAGCUACCUAAAAUGCACACUGUAUCCUCAGCCCAUGCAAAGAAUGACACAAACCUUAAAACAAGAAGCAAAUUUCAGACUGUAAAAACAUCACCUGCACUUAGGAAUAACAGCUACGUAGCAGCAGGCGAGCCUAAACAAGGACAAUUGCCCAGUUCUUCCAACAUGAUUUAUUCAAAUAGUAUGGGAUCAUCUGAAGAUUUGCUCUCUGACAAAUCAAGUAUAGCUUCAGAUGCAGGAGAAUUGUCAUUUUCUACCAGCUCAUCCAUGCAAAGCAAGAGAACUCUUCCUACUCCCACCAAGUUGGAAAUGAAGACAAGACAACUGAAACCUCCUAAUAAUGUUCAUAUGCGAAGAAAUACUUCAUCUUCCUCCUCGUCCUCUAUUUCCAGCAUGAAUUCAAGUUUGAAUUCAAGUCUGUCAACUUCUCCUAAAAGAGGAAAUGUCAAAACAUGUGUUACAAAAGCUCCUGCAGACAUCUCUAGGCGCUCUUCUGUAACAAGCAAGAUUUCCAUAGUUAAACCUAUGAAAGGAUUUUCAAUGAAUGCUGCCCACUCUGAUGCAUCUGGAAAACAACUCACACCCAGAUGUGCUAAAGAAAAUCCUGUGAAUAUACCCAAGUAUAAAGCUACCCUGACAUCUGAAAGUGCAAGCAGUAAUCUGCGGAAAGGUUCAGAUUCUAAUCUUCAGAAAUUACUACCGAAAAACACAUUAGGAAAUGCAAGUACAAGUUCAAGUCUUAAACUAAACUCUAAACCAGCAGCUCCAAACUUAAAGCGAGAAAAUGAAGCCACCAGAGUAUUGCAAUCAAACCCAGUAUUAUCUGGUAGCAAUAUUGAAAGCAAUAUUGCAGUUUCCACACCUGUCAAACAAUUAGGAAGAACUGUAUUAAAAUCCUGCUCUGCUGUGAAGCCUUCUUUACGGACUCCAGACAGAAGGCAUUCUACAUUGCCCAUGUCUGUUGGUCGAUAUACCUCAGGAAUUCCAACACCGACUCCCAAAACAGUGCCCAGAAAAAUGACAUCUCCUAAUAGUUUAGCUCUUCGUCACAUCUCCAGUGUGUCUUCUAAAAAGACUAUAGGAAUGAGUUCUAGGGGUUUGACUAAGAACAAGGCAUGGAUGUCUUCAAGCCCAUCUUCAACAGAAGGAGACUUAUCUCCACCACAAGUUAUACCUAUUGCACUUGCUUUUUCACCAGAUAAACCUUUUAUCGAAAUAGCAGAAGACAUUACUAAAAAAGGGAAAACAACAGAAGUAAUACUAGCUAAGAAGGACUUGUUGAUAGAAUUUGAAACAGUUAAAACACCAGUUGCCAUGCAGGAGUAUGAAAACAAACCUCUAAUUGAUCUUUUUAACACUCCUGAAAUAACUAAAGCCCCUCCAUUGAAACCUNUAAUCAAAACAUGUGUUACAAAAGCUCCUGCAGACAUCUCUAGGCGCUCUUCUGUAACAAGCAAGAUUUCCAUAGUUAAACCUAUGAAAGGAUUUUCAGUGAAUGCUGCCCACUCUGAUGCAUCUGGAAAACAACUCACACCCAGAUGUGCUAAAGGAAAUCCUGUGAAUAUACCCAAGUAUAAAGCUACCCUGACAUCUGAAAGUGCAAGCAGUAAUCUGCAGAAAGGUUCAGAUUCUAAUCUUCAGAAAUUACUACCAAAAAACACAUUAGGAAAUGCAAGUACAAGUUCAAGUCUUAAACUAAACUCUAAACCAGCAGCUCCAAACUUAAAGCGAGAAAAUGAAGCCACCAGAGUAUUGCAAUCAAACCCAGUAUUAUCUGGUAGCAAUAUUGAAAGCAAUAUUGCAGUUUCCACACCUGUCAAACAAUUAGGAAGAACUGUAUUAAAAUCCUGUUCUGCUGUGAAGCCUUCUUUACGGACUCCAGAUAGAAGGCAUUCUACAUUGCCCAUGUCUGUUGGUCGAUAUACCUCAGGAAUUCCAACACCGACUCCCAAAACAGUGCCCAGAAAAAUGACAUCUCCUAAUAGUUUAGCUCUUCGUCACAUCUCCAGUGUGUCUUCUAAAAAGACUAUAGGAAUGAGUUCUAGGGGUUUGACUAAGAACAAGACAUGGAUGUCUUCAAGCCCAUCUUCAACAGAAGGAGACUUAUCUCCACCACAAGUUAUACCUAUUGCACUUGCGUUUUCACCAGAUAAACCUUUUAUCGAAAUAGCAGAAGACAUUACUAAAAAAGGGAAAACAACAGAAGUAAUACUAGCUAAGAAGGACUUGUUGAUAGAAUUUGAAACAGUUAAAACACCAGUUGCCAUGCAGGAGUAUGAAAACAAACCUCUAAUUGAUCUUUUUAACACUCCUGAAAUAACUAAAGCCCCUCCAUUGAAACCUACAGGACAGCUAAUAGAUCUGAACUCUCCUUUGAUGAAACUAAGUCCGGAAGAAAAUAAAGAAAAUUCACCUCUUCUGAAAUUCUGA